AAUACUCGAGAAAGUGGAUCUUCUCCGAUUAACGUGCACCUUCGAGACGUGGACGAUUGUUUCAUUUACGACCGUCACGGAACGCCCAUCCCGUUCAAGAGUUUGUAUCAAGAUAGGAAGUCGAUCAUUAUUUUUGUACGGGUAGGGGAAACUUGAUUUAUCAGCCAUUAUUUGGUAGUAGCGUUUAAAUGCGUGUUUGAAAGUUGCCCUUAGUAACCCUGGGGAUUUCUACUGAGAUAUCCCAAAUAUCUUAAUUGUGCAUAAGCGGAAACGAAGCUGAACAGAAUGCACAAGAAUUUCUUAUGUUACAGCUGUAAAGACUACGUGGAUGAUCUGAGCAAAGUACCCAAAGAGGUACUGGAGGAUGCAAAGGUUGGUCUAGUUGUCAUUGGCCAAUCCGCUCAUCAUCACAUACAGCCUUUCUGCUCACUAACAGGAUACGCUCAUGAGAUCUAUGUGGACCCCAAGAGGGUCAUUUACCAUAAGCUCGGAAUGAAACGAGAAGAGAAGUUUACAGUGUCAGCCCAACCGAGUCCUCAUGUCAAGUCUGGUAUCUUCAUGGGUCAAAUGAAGAGUAUCUGGAGAGCCAUGACGAGUCCUGUAUUCGACUUCCAGGGUGAUCUUCAUCAGCAAGGUGGUGCUAUCAUUGCUGGACCGGCUCGCCGGAGUUCAUCACACCCUGAACUUCAGCAAAGAACCAAAGGUCAUCCAUGUGUAACGGGCUCACCUGCCCAAAGUGGAACCAUUUGCUUUGGCUUUGCAACAUGGAAGUUAGCAGUAUUGUGCUGGGGAAAAAAAAACAUUCUGGCAGUACUCACCAAUGUUCCAAUCCCAACUUGGCUGCAAAAUACCUGAUUAAGUUGUACAUGUCUUUGUGCCUCACUGCUGAAUGAAUGAAUGAAUGAAUGAAUGAAUGAAUGAAUGAAUGAAAAUAUA